UCUCCCUUUCUCUCUCUCUCUCUCUCUCUCUCCCCUCGAAAUUUCCAGAUCACCGACGUUCUUUGGAUGUGCUCUUCUGUCUCAUUGGAGGUGGGUGAGGUGUGGGAGCAAAACAAGCGUUCCUGCGUUACAGUAGCGUUACUAUUUUGUUUUGGUGUUGAAGUUGAUCGUAUGAAACUCAACUCAACUCAACUCAUCAAUCAAAUUAAGACAUAUAUACUACAAUUGUAGAUAGAUAGAGAUAAUCGAUAUAGAUGAGUUUCUCGGUGGAAUAUUCGGGUUUGGCCAUAACCCAUCUAAUAUAUAAGGCAUCACUAAUCGUGGCGGUGGUGAGAUGGAUCUUUUCUUCCGCUCUCCGACUGAUUACAUGCAAUUACAGAUCCGGAAACUCUGUCGACGACGCGGAACAAAGCCAGAUGCAACUACUGCAGUCCUUAGCUGCUGCAGGGGUAAGGGUAUUAAUAAGGGCCCCCCGCCCUCCUCUUCCUCCUCCUACGACGUUGUCUAUGGUGUCUGAAGCGGCGGCGGCGGCGGCGGCGGCGGCCUCUGAUGAUGAUGAUGAUGAUAAGUUUGAAGGACAAAUGAUGAUGCUUCUUGAUCACGCGGCUACUUACGAAGAAAUCGCCGGCAGGCUGCCGGAAAGCUAUACAACAUGUGCCGUGUGCUUGGACGAGUUGAGGAAAGCAGACAAGGUAAGGGAGCUAAGGAACUGCUGCCACGUAUUCCACAAGCGAUGCAUCGACAGAUGGCUUAACCAUAAUAUUGAUCCACACCACAGCACCUGUCCAGUCUGCAGGACGCCGAUACUGCGCUACUCGUCGUCCAUCGCCGCCUUGACUAGGUCGGAGCCAAGCUGGGCCGUGGAACGACUUCUGUAUCUCUUUGGGGACGAUCUACAUCCACUUUUGUGAUCCAUCAUCUCUCUCGUAUGGGUAUCAAUCAAUGGAUUGCUGCCAAUUCCUUUAUCCGAUCGACACUCCUAUCAAAUUUGAAAAAGAAAAAAAGGCAAAGAAAGUACUCCGAUAAGGGAGGGACUUUGCGCAAGGAGGCUUGCUGGUCACUCCGUUUAUUUAAAAUGUGAACCACAACAUCAUGAAGAUCCAGAAGCGUUCGAUGGAUGCGAGUGUGGUUAAUCCGACGACUGAUUGAUCAAGUUCAUAAAAGUGAGACUUUGUUGAUAAAUAAGGUGGCAAAUGGCAAUGAAGUUUGCAUAGGCUGAGAGAGAGAGAUGGCAUUGAUCUGAAAUAACAUACAUAAUGUUUCCUUCCCCUACAAAAUUACAUCCUCUUUAUCAAUUUAUUUUUUCUUCUCUAAACAAAUGUACACCUUGGUACAUGAAUUUCACCAAACGAAGGUUAUUGAGCCCAAAUUAAUACCUCCUCCUAAACAUGGGUCCUUUGAUAAAUCAAUGAAACUUACUUCUUAUACA